GGCAAAAGCUUUCUGAAAAGAUGGAGGGGUUGCUGCUGGAUACUGUUUUGUUUAAGCAUGGGCAAUUUCUGCAUUGAGCUGUAUUGGAAUCACGCACCGAAGGCUUGUAAGAAUUUUGCUGAGCUUGCCCGACGUGGCUAUUAUAAUCGUACGAUAUUUCAUCGGGUAAUCGCUGAUUUCAUUGUUCAAGGAGGCGAUCCCACCGGCACAGGGUGCGGAGGUGCAUCGAUCUAUGGUGAUACGUUUCCCGAUGAAAUCCAUGACGGUUUGAAACACACGGGUGCUGGGAUCGUAUCGAUGGUGAAUGUCGGGCCGAACACGAACGGUUCACAGUUUUUCAUAACGCUUGCGCCAGCGCAGCAUUUGGAUGGAAAAAACACGAUUUUUGGCCGAGUCAUCGCCGGCAUGAAGACGGUGCAAAAAAUCGGAUUGGUUGAUACGGAUGAGCAGAAUCGACCAGUGAACGAGAUCCGCUUAAUAAAGGCAGUGCCGAAGGAGGACUCGCGCAACUGA